AUGGCUGCUGCCAUGAAUAGAUUCAAUGAUUUCCUUGCUGAGGCUGAAUUAUUUGAUUUGGGGUAUCAAGGUCCUGACUUUACUUGGAGAAGGGGUUCCAUGUGGGAAAGACUUGACAGAAUUCUUGGUAACUCAAAAUGGGUUCAAGCAUUCCCUUUCACUGUCAUUUCUCAUUUGGCCAUGGCAGGAUCUGACCAUAGGUCCCUCCUGUGCACAAUCCAAAAUGCUGAAAGCCCAUUGAGAGCUCCUUUCAGGUUUCAGAACAUGUGGACCCUCCACCCUCAAUUUAUGGAUGUAGUAGGUAAAGUUUGGAGGUCUGAAGGUGAUACUAAUCCCUGGAUAAAUCUGUGGAAACUCCUAAAGAAGGUGGCAUCUAAGCUGAGGCAGUGGAAUUGGGACACUAUUGGUAACAUACAUGAGAACUUGAUUCAGGCUCAAAAUAAAGUGAUCAAAGGGAAAGCUGCUGUUACCAAAUUUAUGGAAGAAGAUAGAAACUCAAGGUAUUACCAUGCCUGCAUUAACUUCAGAAGGAAAAACAACAUGAUUUUAUCUAUUCAGGACUCUGCUGGCCAGGUGCUGACUGAUGCUGAGUAUAUUGCCCAAGAUGCUGUAAAUUACUUUCAAAAUAUCUUUAAGGAGCAGUCCCCCUCUAGAGCUCAAAUUAAGAUGGAUACAUUCUCUGAUUGCAAAGAUUAUGUCCACAAUUUGAAUCUAAAUAACACUCCUUUGGAAGGUGAAAUUAAAGCUGCCUUGGACUCCUUUGAUGACCAAAAGGUUGUUGGCCCAGAUGGCUUCACUACAAAAUUUAAUAAAGCCACUUGGAAUAUUAUCUGUGGGGAGUUUGUUGAUGCUGUGCAAAGCUUCUUUAGAGGUAUUGACCCCCCUAAUUACUUUACUGUUUCCACUAUAACCUUGAUUCCUAAAAAUUCCAGCAGGAUGAGAUGGGGAGACUUUAGACCAAUCAGCCUAACUAAUGUCAUUUCUAAAGUUAUCAGCAAGAUUAUGAGUACCAGACUCCAACCUCAUCUUCAGCAGCUGAUAAGCAAGAAUCAGAUGUUUACUAUGAAGAAGGGAACUCAGAUAAGGCUUGGCAGAAUGUUUAAUAAAUUUCUUUGGGCUGGUCAGAAGAAACAGUUUCAUUGGACUGUUCACCCUAACUUGGCUAAGAAGAAAGUUGGGGAUUCCAGGCUUUGGACUAAACUUUCGGAGAUUUGGAUGCCCAGUGGGAUCAAUAUGAAGGUAAGCAAGCCUACUUUGGUCCUUUGGACCCCCCCACUUAAGGGAUGGCUGAAGGCUAAUAUUGAUGGAAACUUCUCUAAGGAGGCUGCUGGUGUGGGUGGAGUUAUUAGGAACUCCCUAGGAAAGUGUAUUUUCUACUUCUCAUCCCCUACUUGGGCUAAUGAUGAACUUGAAACUGAAAUGAUAGCCAUCUUCUGGGCUAUAUACCUUUCCAAGCAAUGUAACAUCCCUAAAUUGGUAAUAGAAUCUGAUUCCAGUAGAUGCAUUAAAAUUCUGAAUAAUGUGGAAGCUGCUCCAUAG